AUGGCUCCCAAGAACAAGACCGCCGCCCCUGCUAAAGAGAACGUCACUCUCGGCCCUCUGGCCGGAGAUGGCAAGCUCGUUUUCGGCGUUGCCCGUAUCUUUGCCUCUUUCAACGAUACCUUCGUCCACGUUACCGAUCUCAGUGGUCGCGAAACCAUCUGCCGUGUCACCGGUGGUAUGAAGGUCAAGGCUGACCGUGACGAGUCUUCUCCCUAUGCUGCCAUGUUGGCCGCUCAGGACGUUGCUGCCCGCUGCAAGGAGCUCGGCAUCAACGCUCUGCACAUCAAGAUCCGUGCCACUGGUGGUAACGGCACCAAGACCCCCGGCCCCGGUGCUCAGUCCGCCCUCCGUGCUCUGGCCCGUUCUGGCAUGAGAAUUGGCAGAAUCGAGGACGUCACCCCCACCCCUUCCGACUCUACGCGUCGCAAGGGUGGUCGCCGUGGUCGCCGUCUGUAG